CAAAUCAGAAGAGACAUGCACUGUCUGUCGUCUUAAAUAGUAUAUAAAAAUUGUGCAAAGAUCUACGUGUAUGAAGAAACAUGACUCAGUAUAAAUCGGUUGCGUUAAUUGGCUGUGGUAGAAUAGGCCAAAGUUGGGCUAUCGUUUUUUCGACAGCAAGGUUCCAUGUACGGAUUUUUGACAAUAUGCCUGAAAGAUUAGACGAUGGUUUAGCGUCCAUAAAAAGUAAGAUGGGAAAACUUGAAGAGAAAGGGCUUUUACGUGGCAAUAUUUCUGCCGCGGAAGCUUUCAAAUUUAUAAAAAGAACUUCUUCUAUGGACCAGUGCGUGACAGGUGCAUCUUACGUCCAGGAAUGUGUGUUUGAAAAUUUCGACUUGAAGAGAAGUGUGUUUGCUGAGGCUGAAAAGUAUGCGUCUAAGGAUGUUAUAUUAGCAAGCUCCUCAGGUGAUAUGUUUCCAUCUCGACUUUCGGAGGGAAUGAAACUCAAGGACAGAAUCAUUGUUGCACACCCUCUUAAUCCUCCACAUCUGGUUCCACUGGUUGAAAUCAUUGCGGCUCCUUGGACCGACCCAACAGUUGUUACUCAAGCUAGAACUAUCCUUGAAGACGCUGGUCAAGUGCCCAUCGUUGCAAAGAAGGAGACUGCGGGAUUCAUUAUAUGUCGUAUUCAACACACGGUUACCGCGGAGUGUUUCAAACUGAUACGGGAUGAUGUUAUCAGUGUCAAUGACCUGGAAAAGCUCAUGCCGUAUGGACUUGGAAUGAGAUAUGCAUUUAUGGGUGCUUUGGAAGCAUCCCAUAUUAACACAAACGGUAUAAAGGAUUUUUGUUCAACGUAUGGAGAGCAAGUGUACGAAUUGCAAAAGGAAGCUGGGCCACCGAUCCGUUUGGAAGGACCGCCACUUGAAAAGAUCCAUCAACAUCUUGAGCAACAAUUUCCACGGAAUAAGGUCGAGCAGCGCCACGAAUGGAAGGACCAGAAAUUAGCCGAACUUUAUAAACUGAAAAACGAAACCGGAAACUAGAAAUUGUGACCUUAAAAUAAAAUAUAUACGGUCACUUGCAUUGUUUUGUAUUUAUUGGAUGACGGAUGUCUUUUAUGUACCCCAGCUGUUAUACGCCAGUAUAUAAAUAAAAUC